AUGCAACAGAAGCCCAGGAUCAUUCUCAACAUUCUCAAAGAGGGGCCCGGAAGAAAGGCCCGGAAACGGCUGGAGCAACAACACGACAUGGAUCCGUCAACGUCUGGAAUCAUCAACAUCGUCGUCAUCAUCGUCAUCAUCAUCGUCGCCGGGGACUUGGAAAUGCACCCAAUUAUCUUUGCAGGCGGCCCCAUGCCCCAAUCUGGCACGAUCUCCAACAGCCAUCCCGCUUUCGACAUGGACAACGACAGUGCAUAA